GGUUGGACUGUGAUUUAACAAAGUGUUAUUUUAAGUCCUUUGCAUUUUCGAACUCAACUCUGUUUUAGAGAAUUUAGUUACACAUAGAUUCCCGUUGCGAGUCCCACCAGAUUGUUAUUCCAGUCCGUUUGCUUCGUGGUAUCUUAAUGACGCCUUUAUACUCUUUGACCCGAAAAGUGUUUUCAAAAGGUUUGUUUUUAUCGUUAAACGGCGAGUGACUGAUCUUGGAGACGAAACGUGCUAAAAGAUCUACGUCUGUACUUGAAAUGCAUCCGGUGUAAUUGUGUCAAUUACAAGAUAAUAGAUCUAAAGAGGAAGGAAAAUAAUCUAGGAAAGGACUGAGACCCAAGGAAAUAUUUAUCGAAAACAAAAGAAUUCCGGUAUAUCAACUGCGCGAAAUGCCAAGAACCCGGGACACUCGGUAUAAUGCUCACUCGUCAGUCCAGCACGGACAAAUUGGCCGGCUUCCGCACUCGUAAUGGCCCUUUUCUCCACGCACAUCUCGCAUCCUUACACAACGAUCAUCAGCUUACCGUGACGUAUUAUCAAGCGAUAUUACACGUUCACGGUACGUAAUACAUGAUUUAUAGUCCACGGCACGGCGCAGAGUCCAAGUCCAGCACCGGGGCGCCGAUACCCCGGUUUUCCUACGAGUCUGUUACAGUUGCGUGCAUAGACGUGUGUGCGUGCCAUCGGUUUGUGUAUGCAUGCAUGCGUGCGUGCGUGCGUGCGGGGAGGGGACCGCACGCCAAGCAAAGGACCCUGUUAGUCCCGGAGUGGGCUCGCGGAAGGCGUAGGAGGGAGGACAGGGGGGGUUCUGAACCGGGGACCACGAUAACGCAGGCUUGCCCCGUCUAAUUAUUCGUGUUUACUCGCAGAGGUUGCGCGGAGGAAGCGCGGUCAGAAGCGGAGCGGAGCGGAACGGAGCGGACGUGUCGCGGUACGGCGCAGCUCAGCGCAGGGCGACAGCGAGGAAAGGAUGGCCGGCCGUCUUCAGGGCACGGCCAGGAUGCUCGCCGUCUGCCUGGUCUACCUUUUGACGCUCCUCGGUUCGUACUGUCGAAUGGCACCAGCUGUAGCUGGCGGCACCAAGGGCUGGAUAAUAGGAAGCGGUCACAGAUACAGGCUAACAAACACACUGAUCUUCAGAGAGGCCGAACCGUUGAAAUCUGGAGGUGACGUCGGCUUCAGGCUGACCGGCGACCUGGAUGUUACCGCCCUAUGGCAGGAUUCCAAUGAUCACAAUAGCUUUUUACUAAAAUUCGAGCUACUGUCACCGCAGUUAUGGAUCAAGUCUCGACGGGCUCCAGAGCCGGAGGGCUUCGUGGAGCACUCAUCCAAAGUAGAUCAGGUCGCCGAAAAGCCCUUCUUCGUGCUCUGGCGACACGGCGACGUCCAGGCCGUGUACAUGGACCCGGCUGAGAGCGCAUCAUCCGCGAACCUGAAGCGUGGCCUAGCUAGUCUCUUCCAGUAUCGAACGCUUGACGACCUGGUGCGUCAACGAGACGCUUCUGGGUUCUGUAACGUGGUUUACGUGACGUCCGGAGAUAACGUUAUCAAGAAACAGAAAACUAUAUGCGUGCGCGAUACACUGCCGCCGGCGAGACGGCAUCCGAAUCCGGUGUUCGCCGUCAAACUCAAGAACUAUCGCAAUUCUACGUACGUGCUCACGCAGUCGCUGCUGCCAGAGCACGUGGUCGAUUAUGAGGCGCACAAAAUGACCUUGGUGUCCAAGUCUGACGUCGGUACAAGUAUCGUAUCAGAGAGAACGAUUAAACAGGCAGCUGAGGCUCUGAGCACGGCUACGGUUCAGGCCAAUUCUGCGAAACAUGCGGUGAUGCUUCUCAAGCCCGAAUAUAAAGAAACCGACAUCGAACUGCAACCGGUGCCUGCCAUAUGUCCCGAUGCCGGAUGUCCCACGAUCGACAAGGCGAUCGAAAAAUAUCACGAAGCGCUCACUGCCUCCGCGCUAGGCACAGCAAAAUCCGCGUCGGCUUUUCUCAAGCUUCUACCUCUAGUCAGGAAUGCCUCGCCCGAGGAGCUGCACAAGGUCCUGAAGACACCGCGCAAUCAACGGAUAAAGAUGCAGCUGUUGGAUUUGUUCGGCGCCGCGGCUACGAUGCCCGCACAUCAAGCUGCCAUGAAAAUACUUCGGCAAGAUGAGACCGGCGACGAGACCGAGAGGUACUUAUGGGCAUUGUCCCUCUCACCGACGCCACAUGUCGACAUUGCCAGAGAUAUUCUCAGACGUUCUGAGGAAACGAUGCAAAACGACAAGGUAUCCGAGACCUAUGCGCUCGCGGCUGGCGCGAUGGCGCGGCAUUACGGGUCCGCCGCGGAGAUAGAGAAAGCCCGAGUCAGCCUAGAGCUGGGUCUGGAGACCUGCACCGGAGAGGAGUGCAAGCUCAAGUUCCUGCGAGCUCUGCGAAACUUAAGGAGCCCAGCGGCGAUACCCACUUUGCUGGUGCACGCGCUAAGCGACAGCAAAAGCAUCAGCGUUGCCGCCUGGCGCGCAUUGAGAGCUCUCCCAAACGAAGCUGUGACCGACGAACUGAAGAGCGCGGCGCAUAAAGUUUUCUACCAAAUUGGGGGUCCACGAAGGGACAGUAGCGCGCGUACGACCGCGCUGGAUAUUAUCCUCGAAAACGAGCCUUCUCAAGAGGUUUUACGCAACUUUGUCAAGUAUUUGAGCAGUAACGAUCGGGCCUACGAAGUCCGCAAGUACCUGAGUCAACGUUUGCAACAAAUCGCCGAGAGAGACGCGCAAUUCGCCGAGUACCUAAAGAAUAUAUACGUAAGCGGCAAUGUGACGUUGAACAAUUAUCAUGUGCAAGCACAACGAGGUCUUAGUACCGCUUUCACGAGAAAUUUUCUGCGCUCACCUGAUAGCAAUGGUUCUUUGGUUACCGUCCAGGAAGUGAAUUCCGGUCUCCUGAAGCAUGGCAUCGUUGACGUCGUAUUGGAAAGCAACAAGCAACGGCAAGCGAUGUUCUCGCUAGGAUUAUUCGCGGGCGGUCUUGGCAGCUUUGUUUCGAGUCAAGACGAAGAAAUGGAAACCGACGACGAAGUGGCCACCGCUGGCAUGGAAAUCGACAUUCUCGACGUCGGAAUACGACCGUUCGUCUUUUUCACGGGACAGGGCGAGUUGAUGGGCCACGUCUGGUCCGGUACAGCGGAUACGAGAACCCCCGCUUUUCAAGCUCUCGCUUCCCUGUACAGUCAUAGCGAAUACGUGCCAUUGGGAUCCGGUUUUGUCGCCGAGAUCGAUAUUCAGGGCGCUGUGAGCUUCGAGCUGGCUGGACAGAUCCAGCUCAGUUUGUGGUCAAGGAAUGCGAACUCGCUAGUAGAAAUGGACGCCGGGGUAAUGGUCCACGGCGGCACUAAAGUGCACACGAGCUUCGUGCAGAGCAAGGCGGAAUUCACGAUGGCGACGGAACCGAAACUGCAGCUGUCUACCAACGUGGACUUCAGCGGGUCGGUGGCGUUGUGCAUGAGACUAAGUCAGCCGGACACUACAGUGAGGCAUCAGGUCUACAAAAUUGAGAGAAUACCUGGCAGCCGCCAUAGACUGAGGAAAACGCGCCGAUCGAAGAUUUACUCACCCGGUAGGUCCUACAUGCUCAAUCAAAAGAACAACGAGAUGUGCACAAAGUUUACGAAUUUAAGUUAGUGCGUACUGAAAACUGCUCAGUGACUUUUUCGUAAUAAUUGAAGUAAAGAACUAUGAAACUGUUAUUUUUUUAUUGUGAUUCUCAGUGUAGGAGUGGCAUCUGAGUAUAAUAAUCUAAUGAUAAUGCAACAUUUGAACCUCGGUAUGAUAUUCGAAGUUUUCUACGAACACAGUGAUGUUACGCAAUUUUAUUUCAUAAUUAGUUACCGUAUUUAUGGGAUUAAUAUUGUUAUGUGAAAACUGUUUUAAAAAUUUGGAUAAAGAAGAUAAAAUUUAAAAAAUCGGAAAUAUUUUUGGUUAAUCUUAAGAAUUAAUUUUUAACAGGAUCACUUUGGUAUAUAAAACAUAAUUUGAAACAUAAUUUGACUCUAAUUCGUCUUGUUUUACAUUUCUUAUCUUAGUUUUACUUUUAAUGUUACGCGAAUGAAGAUGUAUAUAUUAUAUAUAAGAAAUGAAGAUGUAUUCUUCUAUAUUCUUUCUUUUUCCUUUUUUUUUCUCUCCUUCGAAGAUCAUGACGCAUCUGGGUUCAACUGUAUUUAAAUUAUAUUCUGCAUUUUUGUAUGCUCGUUUCUACGCAACAUCCGUUAUUUCUGUUAAUUAAAAAAA